CAGAACCAAAGAUGGGCUUACCCAGUUUUCUGUCUGUUCUCAUUAUUCUAUCUGCAUUUUCAUGUUUUUCAUAUGGAGUUACUUCUACAAAAGAUCCCAACCCCUCCAUUCAAUCCAUGGUUAUGCAAACUUGCACUGAAAUUGAAGACCAAAAUUCAUGCCUCACAAAUGUGCAAGCUGAGCUCAAAACUAUGGCCCCUGACAAUCAAAAUUCUGCUUCAAUCCUGACUGCUGCGAUUAGGCACACACUUAAUGAAGCAAGAGCUGCGAUCCAAAAGAUCACAAAGUUCAGUUCUUUAUCCAUCAGUUACAGAGAACAACUAGCAAUUGAGGAUUGCAAAGAGCUCCUAGACUUCUCUGUCUCUGAAUUGGCUUGGUCUUUGGGUGAGAUGAACAAAAUCCGAGGUGGUGACAACAAUGAACACUAUGAGGGAAACUUGAAAGCUUGGCUAAGUGCUGCCCUUAGUAACCAAGAUACCUGCCUUGAAGGUUUUGAGGGAACUGAUAGACGUCUCGAAGAUUUCGUCAGGGGAAGUUUGAAGCAAGUCACACAGCUCAUUGGUAAUGUCUUGGCCUUGUACACUCAAUUACAUAGCUUACCCUUCAAGCCUCCUAGAGAUCACGGCACCCCGGUGAAUAAAAGUUCAUCAUCAGACGAUCAUUUGCCGGCAUGGAUCACUGAGGGUGAUCAAGAGCUGCUUAGAUCCAAUCCACAAUCGGGUGUGCAUGCAGAUGCUAUUGUGGCAGCAGAUGGGAGUGGCAAGUAUCGUACAAUCACAGAAGCUGUUAAUGCAGCUCCAAACUACAGCAGCAAGAGGUACGUAAUAUAUGUGAAGAAGGGAGUUUAUAAAGAAAACAUUGACAUGAAGAAGAAGAAAACCAAUAUUAUGUUUGUAGGGGAUGGGAUUGGACAAACUGUGGUAACGGGUAGACGGAAUUUCAUGCAAGGAUGGACUACAUUUAGAACUGCAACUGUUGCCGUGUCUGGCAAGGGAUUUAUAGCAAGAGACAUGACAUUUAGAAACACGGCCGGGCCGGAAAACCAUCAAGGUGUGGCGCUUAGAGUUGACUCCGACCAAUCGGCCUUCUUCCGGUGCAGCAUGGAGGGUUACCAAGACACCCUCUAUGCUCACUCCCUCCGUCAAUUUUACCGUGAAUGUAGCAUCUAUGGCACCAUAGACUUCAUAUUUGGCAACGGUGCAGCUGUGCUACAAAAUUGCAAAAUCUACACGAGAGUCCCCCUGCCAUCACAAAAGGUCACAAUCACAGCCCAAGGCAGAAAAAACCCACAUCAAAGCACUGGAUUUGCAAUCCAAGACAGCUAUGUUCUUGCCACUCAGCCAACAUAUUUGGGCAGGCCAUGGAAGCAAUAUUCCAGGACUGUUUUUAUGAACACUUAUAUGAGUGGGCUUGUGCAGCCCAGAGGGUGGCUUGAGUGGUAUGGCAACUUUGCUUUGGGCACCUUGUGGUAUGGUGAGUAUAAGAAUUAUGGGCCGGGUGCUUUGCUACCCGGGAGGGUCAAAUGGCCCGGUUACCACAUUAUCAAGGAUGCUGCGGCGGCUAGCUUCUUCACUGUUGGGAGGUUCAUUGAUGGAAGGGCUUGGUUGCCAUCAACAGGUGUCAAGUUUACAGUGGGUUUGAGAAAUUAAAUAGUUAAUGGAAAUAUUUGGACUAAUAUUAUAUAGAUCGCAUCUCUAAUAAGAUGGUUUUCAUUUGUAUCCUUCUCUAGCAUAGUUGUAGCAGAUAUAUGACCAAACAUUGUUAAAAAUUAGUAUUUAUUUCUCAUUUACAUGAGAUAA